AUGCACGGUGCUGGUCAGCUGCCUCAGCAUAUACCAGUUCUCGAAGGACCCCGGCGGCGGCCCAUGGGCGGCCAGGACCCCUCCCCGGCCCGCUUCUACAGCGACCCCAAGAUGCACCAGCAGAGGCUCGUGUGCGAGCGCGCCAGCCUGGAGGGGUUCCUGCAGGCCUUCAACACCCAGCCGAUGAACGCGCGCCUGCGCAUCGUCGGCCGCCUCCCCGGGGAGGAGUCGCUUCUGGGCAGCUUCCUCCAGUCCCUGCAGAUCUGGUGCCGGUCGUGGGUCCUGCCCGAACGCAGCCCGCUGCCCUCGCGGCUGUCCUGGGACCCGGUGCUCUUCGACGUGUCCUUGGAUCUGACGCCCUUCAUCUCGGGCGAGGGCAGGCUCGCGUCGCAGGCCGACGUGGUCGCCCUGGAGCAGCACCUCGUCGCCCCGAAUCCCCUGGAGGUGGUGGUGCUCCGCAAGCGCGUGGAGUGGCAGAGCUGGCAAGACGUUGCCACGAACAUCCGCCAGCGCUUCCGCGCCCUCGGCUUCCCCGGCGAGGUCGAGGUGCAGUUCCAGGCCGAAGAGGAGUUGGUCGUCUUCCGCAACGAUCCCUGGCAGAAUUUCGUCCGCAGUCGCGUGACACAGGCCGUCGUGGUGAUGUCCGUCGUCGGCAUUUUGGUCUGGAUGCCGUACGUGUGGCUCCGCUCACGCAGGGUGAAAGUCGACCUGCGCUACCGAGUGAGCCUCGACCUCCAGCGGUACUGGGAGAUGCUCUCGGAGGGCCUGAGCGCGUCCGAGGGGUUCCAAGGAGCCGUCUCCGGCCGUUGA